AUGGUGUCCAGAUUCCGGCGAUCCCUUUCCUUCCCAAACCACUCACUUCCAAAAACCACCUCACACGUCAGAUCCAUCAGUCUCCCGUGUAGGUCUCACUCUCACCCCUUGAUCUAUCAACUCAAGGACCACCUCGACCACCUCAAAUCCUGGGCCGCCGCCGGAUCCAAAGAUUCCAAGCCCCAAACCCGAACCUCGGAUUGGCUCUGCGACGUCUUGGCCCGGCUAAAAACCGUCCUCGACUACCUCGACGACAUCCUCCACCUCCCCCAGACGCAAGACUCCCUCCGCCGCCAACCCCUGUGGAUCGAGAGUCUUCUAGAAGACUUCCUUCGAUUCGUCGACGUGUACGGAAUCUUCCAAACCCUUGUAUUUACUUUAAAGCAAGAACACUCGGCUGCUCAGGUGGCUAUAAGGAGGAAAGACGAGUCGAAAAUAGAAAUGUACGCGAAGGUCGUGAGGAAAAUGGAAAAGGAAAUGAGUAAUCUUGUUUCAUCGGUCCGAUGUACCGCGGGGAGCUCAUCCAAUAAUUUCACAUGCAAUGUGGAUGCAGAGUUAAUUGAAGUUAUUCCAGAUGUUAAGGAAGUGACCGUGUUGGUUUCGACUGCGCUUUUUAGUGGCGUUUCCUUUUCGUUCGUGUCGAAAAAGCCGUCGUGGAUUGGGUUGGCAUUGGGUAGGAAAAGGAGGGUACUGGAGAAGGGGAUUCAAGAGUUCAAACAAGUUGGAACAGAGUGCUUCUUGUGGGGUUUGAGGAAGAAUGGGGAUGAAGAAUUGAGAAGGGUGUUGAAGAGAAUGAAUGAAAUGGAGGAUUGUGUUGUGAAGAUUGAAAUGGGGAGUGAGAGAGUUUUUAGGAGCUUAAUUAACACAAGGGUUUCACUUCUCAAUGUUCUCACUAAGUACUAA